GCGCCGCCGAGCCGGGGCCGGGCACCUCGGCCGCUCGGGCCGCGGCGGCGGGGACCAUGCCGAGGAAAGUCUCCUGAGCCCGGCAACUUCGGCCCCUCCCCGCCCCCACCCGGGCUGCCCUCGGCGCGGCCCUGUCCAUGUGCAGCCGGCCGGCCAGGCUCUCCUCCUCGCAGGCGGAUGGGUGACCUUUUCCUGGCGCGGGCAGGCUGUGCAAGGCGGCGGAGCAGGCGAUGAAGAAGAAGCAGCAGCAGCAGCAUCCCGGCAGCGGCGCGGAUUCCUGGCCCCAUGGGGCCCCUCUGGGGGGCGCCCCUCCCGGCCUGGGCAGCUGGAAGCGCCGGGUCUCCCUGCUGCCUCUCCUGCGCUUCUCCCUCCGGGACUACGGUUUCUGCAUGGCCACCCUGCUGGUCUUCUGCCUGGGCUCCCUCUUCUAUCAGCUCGGCGGGGGACCCCCGCGCUUCCUGCUCGACCUGCGGCAGUAUUUGGGAAAUUCCACUUACUUAGAUGACCAUGGACCCCCUCCUAGUAAGGCGCUACCUUUCCCGAGCCAGGUGGUGUACAACAGAGUUGGCAAGUGUGGGAGCCGGACCGUGGUCUUGCUUCUGAGAAUCCUGUCAGAGAAGCACGGAUUCAAUUUGGUUACGUCAGACAUUCACAACAAAACCAGACUUACCAAAAAUGAACAAAUGGAACUGAUUAAAAAUAUAAGUACUGCCGAACAGCCCUAUUUAUUCACUCGACAUGUUCAUUUCCUCAACUUCUCAAGGUUUGGAGGAGACCAGCCUGUCUACAUCAACAUCAUUAGAGACCCUGUCAACCGGUUUUUAUCUAACUAUUUUUUCCGUCGAUUUGGAGACUGGAGAGGAGAACAGAAUCACAUGAUCCGUACCCCCAGCAUGAGGCAGGAGGAGCGCUACCUGGACAUCAACGAGUGUAUUCUUGAAAACUAUCCUGAGUGUUCCAACCCCAGGUUAUUUUACAUCAUUCCGUAUUUUUGUGGACAGCAUCCCAGAUGCAGGGAGCCUGGUGAGUGGGCCCUUGAAAGAGCAAAACUGAACGUGAAUGAAAACUUCCUGCUUGUGGGGAUUCUUGAAGAGUUGGAAGAUGUGCUGCUUUUACUGGAAAGAUUUUUACCUCAUUACUUCAAGGGUGUGCUCAGUAUCUACAAAGACCCAGAGCAUAGGAAACUUGGAAACAUGACUGUGACCGUGAAGAAGACCGUCCCCUCUCCUGAGGCUGUGCAGAUUCUCUACCAGCGAAUGAGAUACGAGUACGAGUUCUACCACUACGUCAAGGAGCAGUUCCACCUGCUGAAGCGCAAGUUCGGACUGAAGUCCCGGGUCAGCCACCCCGUGCUGAGACCCCAGUUCUUCAUUCCGACCCCACUGGAAACCGAGGAGCCGAUUGAUGACGAGGAACAGGACGAUGAGAAGUGGCUCGAAGAUAUUUAUAAGAGGUGAUGCCAGCUCUGUGUUGCCUCCAAUGGCUUAAUCUCCCUUUCCAGAAAGUUUUUUGUUUGGGGAAGAAAAACCCUUAAGGGACGAAAUUAAUGCUCGGCAGCAUUAAAAAGAACAAAACGUUCCCACAGGUUGGGGUCAUUGGGAGAUGCCCGGUUUUGCGGGUUUUAUUUGUUUGAUUUUAUUCUGUGUUUUUCUGGCUCCUUGGGUCCUUCUGAGGUACACUACAUGGCUCCAUCACAAGGCAUCUCAUCAUAAAAUAGCUUUUCUUCCCCUAGCAUAAAUGAGAGAAAACGGAGAAAUAGAGCUUAUAGCCCAAUAACUUAUCAUUUGUAAGAUGACCUAUAAAAAUAUUACUUCAGUGGUAGGAAACAUCCAGACUUGUAUAUUUCAGUAGCAACACAAAACCACUUCAGAGACCAGGGAAUCUACUCUAGAAGAGGAGGAGAGGAGGAGAAGUAAGUAAGAGGAGAAGGUCAGACAGAUAAGGGCAUCAGAAGGAAAGAUGCCCCUGGGUAAGUGGUUUCUGCCCACACGGGUAGAAUUCUGCCUCUGGUCCAUCUCAGGGGACACUUUCACCAAGAGCAGCACGCUUAUUAUCUCUGAAAGAGCAAGUAGGCUUGUGCCACACCCUUCACCAGUCCAGAGCCUUGAGUACCUCUCAAGGUCAAAGCGCAUGGCAAACUCCAUUGAGGCAUUUCAUUUCCAAGCACCAUUCUGACAGAUUUCAAAGUAGCAUAGCCAGGAAAAGAGUUUGUUGGCUGUGUAAAGAAGAGCAUGGGCAAGACAGAUCAACUCUGGAGGUCAUGUGGCCUAGGAAAAUGGCAUGGCUGUGUCCUUUGCACCCAACAUGAAACAUGUCUCUUACCAGCAUUGCUUUAACUGGAAACCCAGGAACCAAUUUAGCUCUGACAUUUGACUCCUGUGGCAUAAGUUCUAAGCCUGACCACAGACAAUGCAUGAUCUAUCAGGCACACCCCUGGCCAGCUGUGUCCCAAAGUAGCUGGUAUCUUUUACCUUCUAGGUCCCUUAAGAGGUACUUGUUUUUGGUGUUUUGGGGGCUCAGAAAGGGCUACUGAGUUCUGUGCAGGCAGCAGUCAAAAUACAGUUCCACUUAUUAUGGAAGCAACUCCCUGCUGAGAACCCUUACUAGGACAUCGGGAAGAGAAGCAGGAGCUUCUGGGUAAGAGACUGCUUGGCCAGAUUUAUGAGUAGGUGUCUGCCCCCAAAGUGAUCUGAGUAGAAGUCGGGCAGUUCCAUUCCUCCAAAAUAUCUCCUCCCCAUCCCUUUCCCAUCACCUGCCCAUCUCCGUGGUGCCUUGGUUCAAUCAUUAGAAAUCUAUUUCUUUGGAUUUGAGAUGUUUUCAUCUUUGACCACCCCCCCCCCCGAAAAUACAUAUACUCUUGGGUGGAUAAUAUACAGCAAUAUGAGAAGCAGGGGUGCAGGUGCUGGUGACAGGCAAGGUACUUGGGACAAAUUUUGUCUCCUUCAUGUUUUUUCCCCUAGAGCCAGCCCUUCAAGAGCCCUAGCAAAGUGUGAGUUGGGAAUACUUAAUAGUAAAUAAGACUCUGACUUUACACAAGCUACACAUUUUCUGCUUUUCAGAAACCAACAAGUCUCUCUAGAAUUUUUUCUUCGUUCACUAAAAUUGGACAGUAGCCAAGAUAUAAAGCAAGUCAUUUGGAACCUGUCAAGUG